UUGGCAAUGUCCCCUUUCUCUUUCCCAUCCAAACGACACAAAAACACUCGCACACACACAGCACAGUCCCUCUCGGCAGUUAAGCUGCUCCAAUCUCCCCACCUACUCUCUCUCUCUUCCAUUCUCUUCAUUUAUUCAUUUUCAUUCCUUCAUUCUCUUCAUUGUAUUGUAUGUUGUUGAAGGUUAAAGCUUGAAGCUUUGUUUGUGUGAUAUGAAAACAAUUUCUCAGAAGCUGAGAGAAAGCUAGAGAAAAUCAGCUCAGAGUGUACUGAAAGAUGCCUCUGGUGAGGUUUCAGGUGAGGAACGAGUUCAGCCUGGGCCAGCCUCAGCUGUACAAAGAGGUGAACAGAGAAGAUCCCAAAGCUGUGCUCGAUGGGGUGGCCGUUGCUGGCCUCGUUGGGAUCUUGCGCCAAUUGGGCGAUCUUGCUGAGUUUGCAGCGGAAGUUUUUCAUGGCUUGCAAGAGCAAGUGAUGACUACAGCUUCUAGAAGCCAAAAACUGAUGGUUCGUGUGCAACACAUUGAAGCUGCACUUCCUCCCCUUGAGAAGGCUGUACUUGCUCAAACAAGCCACAUACAUUUUGCUUACACCUCUGGUUUAGAGUGGCAUCCUCGUAUUCGAAAUGAGAAAAAUCAUUUCAUCUACAAUGACUUGCCGCGUUUUAUUAUGGAUUCAUAUGAAGAAUGUCAGGAUCCCCCACGUUUGCACUUGCUUGACAAGUUUGAUACCGGCGGCCCAGGAUCUUGUUUAAAGAGAUAUUCAGAUCCAACCUUUUUCAAAAAAGCAUCAGCUAACCCUGAUGAAGCAAAUGUUGAACAAGUCCGAAGAUCUAGGAAGGGUCAAAGAAGCAAGAAGAAAAGAGGAUCACAACGAAAUGGAGAUGUAUUACGUGGUGCAUCAGUAUCAAAUCGCAGCAGCAGAAUGCAAUAUAUUCCUCCUAUUGCAAAUGGGCGAAGCUCGUCUUCUCCAACUGCCUCCACAGCCGACAUGGCAUUAAAAUCUGACCUGGGGGACAAUUCCAUUUCUUUUGAUUCAAAAACUGAGUCAGAAUAUAUUGAGUAUGCUGCCCAUCCAAGUUCCUCCCUACUAGCUGAAGAACAAGAAUCCAAGGAAUCGCCUUCUUCUAAAUCGGUGCAAAAUGAUGCUCUUAAUUCUGUUUUGCCUGAUGAUCAAACUGGAUUUGUAGAUAACUCUCCUGGAAGUUCAUUACAGGACCAAGUUACCUCUGGUUCAUCUGGUGUUAACUGGGAUGAGAAGGUAGAAAUAGUGGAUCCUAAAGGUCAACAGAAUUGUAUAGAUGAAACUACAGAGAUGCUCCUGACAGAGGAUGACUUGGAUGCAAAUGAAGGGGGAGCUGGUAGCUUUAGAAUUGUUGAGCAAAUGGAUGUCCUCUUUGAUGAUGAAAACAUUCUGGAACCAAGCAGGAACCAGAUUGAUGAAAUUGAAAGUGAACCAGACAAUUUCAUGGAUGCACUUAACACCAUUGAAUCAGAAUCUGAAAACGAUCUUGAUUGUCAAACCAAACGGGAAGUGGAGCGUUUUGCUUCUGUUGUCAACAAUAAAGGACCAGAUGGAGUGCAUGAGAUUACCAUGGAUUGUUCGGAUCAUCAAACUCCAACUUUAGAAUCUCAUACUGCAACAUCUUACGUUUCCUCAGAAGAAGAAACGCCGACAGAUCUAUCAAACUCAACCUCACCAGAGUGUCCCGCCCAUAAACAUAUGCCUCAAAUAGCUACAGAACUGUCUAAUUCAGACCACAUUGUAGAAACAAAUAGGACUGACAUUUUUGAUUGUUCAAGGUUCGAAUCUGUUAGUGGUGAUUCCACAUCCUCUGGCUCUGGAACUACUAAUGCGCAGGAUAAGACCAUAAGCAGUUUGUGUGAGGCUCCACAAUCUCCUGCUGACGUUUCAAGGAAUAAUUCAACAUCCUUUGGCUCUGGAACUACAAAUGAGCAGGAUAAUCUCAUAAGCAGUUUAUGUGAGGCUCAAGAAUCUCCUGCUGACAUUUCCAGGAAUAAUACAACAUCCUUUGGCUCUGGAACUACUAAUGAGCAGGAUAAGAUCAUAAGCAGUUUAUGUGAGGCUCAAGAAUCUCCUGCUGACAUUUGCAGGAAUAAUACAACAUCCUGUGGCUCUGGAAUUUCUAAUGCGAAGGAUAAGAUCAUAAGCGGUUUAUGUGAGUCUCAAGAAUCUCUUGGUGACAUCUCCAGGAAUAAUUCAACAUCCUGUGGUUCUGGAACUGCUAAUGCAAAGGAUAAGAUCAUAAGCGGUUUAUGCGAGUCUCAAGAAUCUCUUGCUGACAUUUCCAGGACUAAUUCAAUAAAUUUCUGGACUAAUGGAGGCCUGUUAGGACUUCAGCCAUCAAAGCCUCCUGAUUUUACCAUGUCCAGUCCUAUAACUCAAGAUUCUGCUUACAGAAGCACCGAGACAGUUGGUGUCUCAAAUCAUGCUUACACGCUUAUAGCUGAUGAGCAUGAAGCUGAGAAUGCUGGCUGCAAGGAAAUGAGCUCUGAUUAUCAAGAAGAUGGUAUCUCUCCCAAGGAAAUAUCCAAGGGAUUUUCAUCCACUGAAUUGUAUCCAAAGCUUGGAAAUAUUGGUGACUCUCCUAAGAGUAAUGUAUUUAGCCAUUGCAUGGAGGAUGGUUUGAAAAAAACCAAUACGAUGGAACCUGGAACUCUGUUGCCAGUUGCUCCAUGUCGUAAAUCCACUUCCAAUGAAGCGAAUCAGGAGAAUGAUGAAAACUCUUCUCUGGUUUUUGGGCUUGGCCGUAGGUUACUUGUGAAUGGUUUUGGUAGAAAAGUUCCACAUUCGCACGAUGAAAAAUCUGAGCCUGCUAGUUAUUCAAAUGCUGGUGUUUUGGACCAGAGAAAUGAGCACCACAGAGUAGAGCACCAAGCAUUUCCCGACACAUCCUUCAAAGAGAAUUUUGAGCAUGGAUUUGCUGUUGAAUCACCUCCUUCUUCACCACCACUUGAACAUAUGAAAAUAUCUUUCCAUCCCAUGAAUGGCAUUGAAACUUCCAUACUCAAAUUGAAAUUAUCUGAUGGGAGUCAAAGCCAUGGAAGUGUAAAAGAAAUGUUUCAGUCAUUUCAGUUGGUCCCAGAGCCUUCUAUUCCUCUGCAUGAAUUUGGUUCUGAUUCUGAUGAUGACACAUUCUGUAGAUCAUCUCCAUAUAUAUCAGAUGAUUGUCUAAGCCAUCUCUCUGAGUCGAAUUCUGAACAAUGGGAAUCUAGUGAAAAUCUAGAAUGCAAGAACCAUGACCUAUACGAUGCUUUGUGUGGAAUCGCAUCAGCUGAACGUAUAUCCACCUCUCUGGAAGUAGGGGGAAUAUCCCACAAUGCCACUUAUGGAGAUGGUGGAAUUCAAAGUGUGCACACUGAUAAUGGUCUGGAACAUUCUCUCUCCGAUCCUUUACUUGAUCUUCCAAGUUUAGAUGCUUUGGAACCCGUACUUCAGCAAGAAGCAAAGGAUGAUUCAGUUCCUAAGGAUCUUCAUGGUUUGAAAUGUUCGGGGGAUUCUACACCAGGACCACCACCUCUCCCUCCAGUGGAAUGGCGUGUUUCAAAACCUACCUUAAAUGUAACAGACGAAAAACAAGAUGUAUCUGAAGGUUUUAAACAUGUAUUCGACACACAGAUUUUGGGGCCUCUCACCCUCCAGCAACCUAAGCCAGCCCCAGCACAGCAACAACAAAUAAAUGAGGAGUCCAUUUCUAUUAAACCGAAAUGCAAGGAGGACCAGCACGUGAAUGGACAGAAAGAAGCUGAUCAGGCUCUAAAUGGCAAAGGGAUAGACGAAAAGGAAGAUUUUCUACAACAAAUCAGAGCAAAGUCAUUCAACCUGAGACGCACAGUACCAGCAAAGCCAACCAUCACACCGGUAUCUGCUACCAACGUCAAAGUAACUGCAAUUUUGGAGAAAGCCAACGCCAUUCGCCAGGCUGUUGGGAGUGAUGAAGGGGAAGACGACGAUACAUGGAGUGAUGCUUGAUUUGGCCAUGGUUAUGCCAGCCCAUGAGAAACAAUCCUCUUGCUGGUUGGAGUUCACAAAGUUGGCCAAGGCUGUGUUAUAUAUGUAUAUGUGAUUAAUUUCAGUUUCUUUCUGUAAUUAAGUGUAGGGGCUAAUCUUGUAUCGAUCCAUUGCAGUAAUUUUGAUUGAUUCCUUUUAGGUAGAAAGAUGAGAUAAAUUGUCAGGUUGAGCAUGAUCUACAUAUUUGAGGCAAUCAUUUAUACAAAAAAAUGCCAUAAUAUGCCUCAAUAUAUAUAUAUUUGUUGUUCCUUGAACACUCGUUUAUAGAUCUAUUCUUUUUGCACCGCAAGUUUGCUGUACUGA